AAAAUGUCGUUAUUAGCCUCUGAAAAUUUUGUUUCGUAAAUCUUCUGUGCUGUUGUUUUGAAGAAGCUCUUCAGGUUACGUAGAUUAAAUUAGAACAACCAAAAUUCAUUGCUGGACUUUAACAAGAGCAAGAUGAACUCAGCCUGUUUUCCGGUACCACUGGUCAAUAACGCAGAUGUGACCAUGAAUUCAAACAACGACACCGCGACCUACAGAUGCCUGGCAGGCUUCUUCAUGACAGGGGCGGCACGGGUCCUGUGCCAAGAUGGACAGUGGGCCCCGUUGCCAACCUGUGUGGUCAUCAAAGAAGAUGUCAAUCUGUACAAUACUAUUCACGACAGUACUGACGUCUGGUGGUUCUAUCUACUAGCAGGCUUACUUGGCUUUGUGGCACUGAUUGUAAUGGUUUCCCUUAUGUGUCAUUGCUGCUGCUGCACUGCUCACUUGGUGACUAUACACCCCAGCGACUCCCACUCCCUAGAGAGACGCUGCUGCAGAUGCUGCUGUUGUCAUAAAGUUGGACUGCAUGUCAGAGCUGACCAGACGCAAGUGAACGCAAACAAAGCUGACAAAAUUGUCCAGCAGACGAUCGAACCCAUCGCUCAAAACGCUAACUCCAGGUCAAGACAUGUCCAGACAGUGGUCAACUCGAACAAGACAGAUAUGAAGACUGUGAAUGAGCUGACCAGCCCACGACAACUCAAAGCUCUGAAGAAAAACAAAAUUAUCUGGCUGCCGCACACGCAGAUUGACAGACACGACAAAGUGUGGAGAUGACCAUCACAGAUUGAGAGUCACUGACCAGGUCUUAGGAUGAUCAUCACAGAUUGAGAGUCACUGACAAAGCCUGCAGAUAUUAUCGCAGAAAUGACAGCAAACAUUUUUCUUAUAGGCAUAGAGAGAAAUUUAGAAAUCUCAAAUGUAUAGCCUUCAUAUACCUUUUAACCAUUAGUUAUAAUUUCAACAAUAUAUCAUUAAUAUAUGUAUCUAGAAUACGACUCAGGCAGUAAAUACAUAUUGCAGUAACUCCAGUGGCGGACUGAAAGGGUUAAUGUGUGUGCGGCCUACUGAUACACACGACUCAGGCCAAUCACACAGGUCAACGGGUCAACGGCUGUCGAUAUGACCCAUGUUGUGGUCAUGUGAUCCAGAGCCUUCACGGACUAGAGACAGUGUGUAAGAAAGGACUGUUGAGCCCAUGACAGCAAGGCAGUAAGGACAAUGCAAGACUGUGAGUCCUCGAGAAUGUAGCUGUGCCACUCCAAAAGUAGAAAGAGAGACUUGUAAUGUUAAGUUAGGUAGUUCCCAUGUGCAGCAAAGCAUUUGAAGCUAGUGUAGCCCAUUGUGUUUAUUGGCUGCUGUCGAUGUAAUUGUAAUUAAACCGCCACAUUGUUUAUUGAAACUCUUGUUGUCAAGUUCUUGUGUUAGAUGUGCUGUGUUGUGUUUGGCAGUGUUUGCAGAAGGCCUGAUUGAGAAGAUCGUAACAAUAUGAGAAUACGUUGUA